AUGGCUCUUUAUCACUAUGAAAAAACUUUUGAUAACAGUAACUAUUCAUUUGUAACAAGAUGGGAAGAAAAUUUUGAUACUUUUAAAUCAACAGAAUGGAUGCAAAAAAAUUGGUAUCAUUCUUUUACUUGGUCAUUAGCAUAUAUUGUAGCAAUUUAUGGUGGUAGAAAAAUAAUGGAAACUAAAAAACCAUUUAAAUUAGAUACUCUACUAGUUUUAUGGAAUAUUGGUUUAGCUAUUUUUUCUAUAUGUGGUGUUUUAAGAAUGACACCUGAAAUGAUAUGGGCUAUUACAAGUAAUUCACUUCAAUAUUCUAUCUGUACAGCAUCAUAUGCAAUGGGAUUAACUGGUCUUUGGACAGAAUUAUUUGCUAUGUCAAAAGUUGCUGAAUUUGGUGAUACUGCAUUUAUUAUUUUAAGAAAAAAACCAUUAAUAUUUUUACAUUGGUAUCAUCAUGUUACUGUUCUUGUUUAUACAUGGCAUGCUUAUAAAGAUCAUACUGCAUCCGGAAGAUGGUUUAUUUGGAUGAAUUAUACAGUUCAUGCUUUUAUGUAUUCUUAUUAUGCUUUACGUGCUCUUAAAAUUAAAGUUCCAAAAUUUGCUGCUAUGAUUAUUACAACUCUUCAAAUUCUUCAAAUGAUUGGUGGUGUUACAAUAGGUAUUGCUGUAUAUAAAAUUAAAGGAUCAGGUGGAAAAUGUCAACAAACAUGGGAAAAUUUAUAUUAUUCAUUUGGAAUAUAUUUUUCAUAUUUUCUCUUGUUUUGUCAUUUCUUCUAUCAAGCAUACCUUUCAAAGAAUAAUAGAUAUGACAAAAAACAAGUAAAAGAAGAUAUCAAUUCAAAUAGUCAGACUGUUGAAGUAUUAGAAAAUCAUAUAUCGCAACAUAAAUCAACGAGCAAACUAAGACGUCGUGCAGCUAGAGUUGAUUAG